UAUAGCACGCAGCACUAGUGGGUAGUCCGGGAAAUGAGCAAGCGUCGAACUGUCGGAAGCGCAUGCGCGAGAGCCAUGGCCUCGAGCUGGAGCUUCAAGCUCCUCCUCGUCCUCCUCUCCAUCGUCUCUCUGGCCUCCUUCUUCCCCGCUCUUCCCGCCCUCUCCUCGCCUCGCAGUCAUCACUCCAAGUCCGAGGGUGGUGAUCGUGGGUUCUGGAUCGCUGACGACAAGUUCUGGAAGGACGGCCAGCCCUUUCAGAUCAUCGGCGGCGAUCUGCACUACUUCCGCGUUGUUCCCCAGUACUGGAAGGACAGGCUUCUAAGAGCGAAGGCACUCGGGUUGAAUACUAUCCAGACCUAUGUGCCCUGGAAUUUGCAUGAACCUUCACCGGAAAAAUGGGUUUUUGAUGGCAUGGCGGACAUCGAAUCGUUUCUGAGGCUUGCACAGGAGCUGGGGUUUCUUGUCAUGCUCCGUGCUGGGCCGUACAUAUGUGGUGAAUGGGACUUAGGCGGCUUUCCCGCUUGGUUACUGAACAUAGAACCAGCUCUUAAACUGAGAUCUUCUGAUCCUUCAUUCCUUCGAUUGGUUGAUAAAUGGUGGGGAGUUCUGCUUCCUAAAAUACUCCCUCUGUUGUACAAUAAAGGAGGACCUAUUAUUAUGGUUCAGGUGGAAAAUGAGUUUGGAUCAUAUGGUGAUGAUCAGCCCUAUCUUCGACAUCUUGUGGCUUUGGCUAGAAGAUACCUUGGGAAUGAAAUUAUUUUGUACACAACAGAUGGGGGCUCCAGAGACCUUCUGGAUAAGGGCACUAUUCGUGGGGAAGAAGUUUAUUCGGCUGUUGAUUUUUCUACUGGAGAUGAUCCAUGGCCUAUAUUUCAGUUGCAAAAGAAAUAUAAUUCUCGUGGAAAAUCUCCUCCCCUGAUAGCGGAAUUCUAUACUGGUUGGCUUACACAUUGGGGAGAGAGAAUUGCAGAGACCGAUGCCAAUUUUACAGCAGCAGCACUAGAAAAGAUUUUAUCUUUGAAUGCUUCUGCCGUGCUUUAUAUGGCACAUGGUGGAACAAAUUUUGGAUUUUUCAGUGGUGCAAAUACUGGUGACAAUGAGACAGACUACAAGGCUGACCUCACUUCUUAUGAUUAUGAUGCACCAAUAAAAGAGUCUGGUGAUGUGGAGAACUUAAAAUUUGAAGCUUUAAGGAAUGUAUCACAGAAAUACAGUAGAGGAUCUCUUCCUCCAUUUCCAUCCAACAAUGAGAGAACCAGAUAUGGUCCUGUUAAGGUUAGCAAGGUAUCCUCUUUGCUUGAACUGCUCCAUGUCUUACGUGAUCCUAUGGGGGUGAUUGAAAGAGAUCAGCCAGUUCCAAUGGAGUCAAUUGGUCAGCUGUAUGGAUUUUUACUUUACACCUCAGAGUACUCUCAGAAGAAAACUGGAAGCAUUAUUUCAAUACCAAAGGUGCAUGAUAGAGCACAAGUAUUUAUCCAAUGUUCACUAAAUGAUAAUGAAAGAAGCCUUAGGUUUAUCGGUGCCAUAGAAAGAUGGUCCAAUAGGGAGCUUGCAGUUCCAUAUAUUAAAUGUUCUUCAAAUGUUAGCGUACUUGUUCUGGUGGAAAACAUGGGUCGCCUGAAUUAUGGACCAUACAUACAUGACAGGAAGGGAAUACUGUCUGCUGUUAUUCUAGAUGGAAUCAUUCUCCAUAGAUGGAGAUUUUAUCCUGUUUCAUUUAACAAUUUGAGCAGCGUAUUGAGAGUCAAUCCAAUCAUGCAAGUUGCAGAUCCUCAAAAUGAGGGCAUGACAGAAGAACCAAGAUUUUAUCAAGGUUCUUUUUUUAUUGACCACAAGAAUCAAGUUAAAGAUACAUAUAUAUCAUUUCAUGGAUGGACAAAAGGGAUUGCUUUCAUUAAUAACUUCAACAUCGGAAGAUUCUGGCCGGUGAAGGGACCACAGUGCUCUCUUUAUGUUCCUGCACCAAUCCUUCAACAUGGUGAAAAUAUUGUGGUUAUAUUGGAGUUGCAUUCUCCUCAUCCUGAACUCAUACUUAAUUUAGUGAAAAAUCCGGACUUCUCAUGUGGCGGUACAUGAUGGUGUGUAAGGUAAUGCUUGUGUUUUCUUUAAAUCAACAGCCUUAUUUCAAUAUUUAAUGGACUUGUCAGCGUUUCCCUGGGUUGCAGUUGACAAGCCUGUAAUUGAUGCCUGCAAUUAACUGGCAUCACACAUACUUUAAUGGAUGGGGGGAAAAACAACUUAAACUAUUCACGAAUAGGUGUAUUUUGGUGCAUAUAUAAUUUUAUAUUUAUGCAA